AUGGAUCCAGAUCCCGAAAAGGCCAUAGAGAUUACUCCAAGAUUUCUCAGUCAGUCCUGGUAGGAACUGACCAGGCCUCUGAUGACUAUGACUAUCAUCUUAACCUUCGGGUCCUCUUUCCAGUAUGGUUACAAUCUCUGGGUGGUCAACCAUCCCGCAGCGGUGAUCCAAGACUACUACAACAUCACUCUGAGGAUGAAGAAGAAGGAAUCGCAGCAAGUCAGCGGUCUGAGUUUCCUGUAUACUUUCACCAGCGUGAUCUACUCUCUGGGAGGCCUCACCGGCGCUCUCAUGGUUUGCCCCAUGGCUGAUACCUGUGGCAGGAAGGGUACCCUAGUGAUCGCGAACCUCUUAUCUUUCAUUUCCGCCAUCUUUAUGGGUUUUUCAACCAUCGUCCACACUUACGAAUACGCCAUAUUUUCGCGCCUGCUCAGCGGGGUCUGCUCAGGGAUCUUCUCCUGUGCCGUGCCGUUGUACCUUGCCGAAAUCGCUCCCCGAAAUUUAAGAGGAGGCAUCAUCACCAUGGCGAUGUUCGCCAUUGGUGUCGGGGUCCUGUUCUCACAGAUCCUUGGUCUUCACGAAUUUCUAGGUUCCAAGAGAAAAUGGGCCAUCUUGCUGAGUUUAACUGGGAUUCUCGCAGUGUUCCAGCUACUCAUUCUUCCCAACUUCCCUGAAAGUCCACGUUUUUUGUUGAUUCAGAGGAAGAAUGAGGAAAAAGCAAGGAAAGUCUUGAGGGUCCUACGAGACAAGGAGGACGUUGAGGAAGAAAUAGAAGAACUUCACCAAGAAGAUAUAGCUGAGAUGGAAGAAAAAGGACUCAGUGUGUUCAGUCGGCUUACCUACCAAGGUCUACGGAAGCAAAUCAUCUCGGUUAUCCUCCUGAUAGCCGGGCAACAAUUCUCGGGCGUCAAUGCUGUGUAUUAUUACGCCGAGACGAUCUACAGAACCAAGUGGCUAAAUGAGUACAAAGCUCGGUACAUCAGCAUAGUCUCUUCCACAUUCGUUCUUCUGGCCUUGUUAUUUGUGACCUAUAGCGUCGACAGCUUGGGGCGAAGACUCUUAAUCCUGGUGGGGUUUGGCACCUGUAGUACUUUCUGUGUCUUGUUGACCAUCUCUCAGGAACUUCAGAUGACGGUCUCGUGGUUGUCUUACGUCACUUAUAUUUUCCUGCUCAUGCUCCUCAUUGGACACAUGAUUGGUCCAGGUCCAAUACCAAAUAUCAUCAUAGCUGAACUGUUCCUUCAGUCCUCCAGAUCAACGGGAAUUGUCCUGGGGGGUUUUGUCCACUGGUUUCUAAGAAUUAUAACCGGGAUUAUGGUCUUUGCGGUUGAGAUUAAAGUUGGAUCGUACAGCUUUCUCCUUUUCUGGCCUCUUUGUAUUGCUGGCUUCGUGUUUAUCUUCCGGAACAUCCCAGAGACCAAACAGAGCAGCUUUCUGCAGAUCCGGAACCUUCUGGCGGCCCAGGCCAUCAAAAGGAUUAAUGUCCGGGGAUCCCAACGCCGAUCGAAUCCGUUCCGAAGGCUGGAUAGAGGGAGGCGCAAAAAAGCCAGGAACAUCACUUCCAAUGUCCCCUCCGUGCCCGAAAUUUAA